UGAAGGAAGCUUCCUACCAUGGUUCCCCCUCUCUCCGUCCCCUUUGCUUUUCCCUUUCCCUUUCUCUUUCUCUUUUUGGAUUUCCUUCUGCACAAUUAAUACACACGCUCCCAUCUCCUCUUCUCUUCUGCAACCAACCACUCUUUCACUUUCACUCUCACUCACUCACUCCAAAGCACCACCAGUUUCCCCUUCUUUCUAUUAGUUGUUUUGUCCGAUUUCUUUUCUCAUCAAUGGAACAUUCUAGAGAUUGGAAUGGUCAAGGUAGAAGUCUAAAGAGAAAAUCACAAGAAAAUGGAGAUCAUAAACUCCUCAAUAACUUUUCUCUUGAUGACCUCAAUGAGGAUCUGUUUGAAAGGAUACUUUCAUGGCUUCCAACUUCCACAUUCUUUCGCCUUACUUCCGUGUCGAAACGGUGGAAUUCGGUUGCUGAUUCGGCUAGUUUCAAGCUUGCCUGCUCAAGCAUUCCUUCCAGGGAUCCUUGGUUCUUCAUGGUUGCUCCCAACCUUAACCAAUCUAUAAUCUUUGACUCUGCUGAAAGAACUUGGAAAAGACUCAAUCACCCCCCACUUUUACAUCAAGAUUCUAACAAAGGUUGUAUGCCGGUUGCUGCCUCCGGUGGCUUGAUUUGCUACCGUAAUUCAUCAGGAAGCUUCAUUGUAAGCAACCCUGUGACAGGAACUUGUAGUGAACUCCCUCUGCUUGAGUUUUCCCCUCAAAAUCAACCACUCAAUGCAAUUGUGAUGAGCACAACCACCAAAGACCAACAACUAUACUACAAAAUUGUGUUAGUCUUCGGAGAACUUCAGAAUCUUGUGUUUAGAGUCUACAAUUCUUUCUCUGGAAGUUGGGAAGGUGAGACUGCUCUAAGGAGAAAGGUUGAUGAUUGUUCUAUGGAGUUUGAUUCGACCGAGGACGACAAUGUUGUAUACUUCCUUAGUAAGGCUGGCAUUGUGGUAGCAAGCAACAUGCAGAGAAGCCCUUCAAAGCAAUAUUCGUCGGUCAUUACCGACAAAAAUGGCGAAGAGAUUGUCUAUUUUCUUAGCUCCACAGGGACAAUCGUAGCUUGCAACCUGACAAGCAAGUGCUACAUCGAGUAUCCAAGGUUGUUGCCUGUUCUGAGUGAGUAUUCAAUUGAUGUUGUGGAGUGUAAUGGGGAGAUGCUAGUUGUUCUGUUAUCGGAGUUCUUGGAAACCGCGAGUCUUCGUGUGUGGAAGUAUGAUGAAGCUAAAAGAGGGUGGCACCAGAUUGCAGCAACGCCUGCAUCAAUUUCUCAUGAAUGGUAUGGGAAGAAAGUGGAUAUUAACUGUGUAGGCGCUGGUAACCAGAUAUUCAUAUGCUUGAACUCCUCUGAGCUAUGUACUUAUGUUCUGUGUGAUUUGGUUAGCAACAACUGGGUUGAAUUGCCAAAUUGUUGCAUAAAUGGUGAAGUCAUAGACUUUAUGUCUUCAUUUUCAUUUGAGCCGAGGAUAGAGGCUUCUGUAUGACACAGCAAAAUGGUGCCAAAUUUGUAGUUCAAUUCUAACUGUUGAAGAGAAAUAGGUAAAGUAGCUACUGGAAGAUAUGAUAUGGAAGCUAACCAACCAAAUCAUUGAUUGCUAACUGAGAAUUGAGAUAUUGUAAUUUUUCUUGAUUGAUUUGUUAUAUGUACACCAUUUUUCAGUGAAUGCAGUUGUUAUUGGUGAAAGAACUUGUAUGUGGUUCCUUUUAGUUUUGUUUUGUUUUUUGUUUUUUGUUUUUUGUUUUUUGUUUUUAAUGUAAAGUCAUGUCAGUGGCUGAAGUCAACGGAUAUCGAUAGUUUCUGUUGCAAGCUUGUCCUC